UCGACUGGCUCUCACAGUCUCACAGGGAGCAGACACUUCCUUCUGAGUUUUCUCUCCUUCUCCUAAUCUCUUCUUCCCUUUCUUCCUCUCUAUCUCUCGUUCUUUUCCUCUUGUUCUCAGGUUCCGCCUCUACCGUUGUGUUUGAGACGUCGUCUUCGUCGUCGAUGAUGUUGGCAGCCAAGGUGUUUCGUCGUUGCAGUGACGCUGGGUGUCGCUGCAGCACUUGCUGCACCAACAGCCCCAGCUCCGGAGACACGGCACCUGCCAAAGCCUCUUGCGACGAAAUCAGGAGGAGCUUGGAGUCGACGCUCUUGACGUCUGUGAAGGAAGUGAAGUACAAGCGUGUGUUCCUCAACAUGCUGCCUGGUAUCUUGGCCACGUACCUCCCGACUCUUUGUGACCCGGAGCUUUCCUCCACGACACCCCGUGGUUCGAUUCCAAACAAGCAGAGGGCGCCCUCUCGUCGUAAGAGGGCCUUCCUGUUCGGGCUCAACGGCGGAUUCAACGGAGGAUACAACGGCGGCUCUAACGGCGAGGGCAACGGAGAGGGUUCCAACGGCUACUCCAACGGCUACUCCAACGGGUUCCUCUUUGGCAACGGAAAGAUAAAAGACCCAGGUGACCAUCCCGUCAACGGCAACGGGCUUGGCGGCUUGCUGCAACUGGCCCUUGUAGGACUGGUCAACGGCGCAUUGAAUGGAGGAGGGUAUGACGAAGCAAAAAUGGUGGCAAUGGUGGCAACGGUGGCAGCGCCAAACUCGAGAUAACCAUCUAAGCACACUACAGACAUUGUUUCCAUGGCGACCGUCCCAAUUCCUAUAGCUGGCCUGCCGUAGCAGAGGUGCUCGGAGGAAGAGGAAAAAGCAACAGCCUUGAAGAUCUCAAACGCACAGCACGCUAACGCACAACACUGGUUCGCCUGCGUUUCUACUCACUCUUCUCAGCGAGUCUACUACACUUAUAUAUUAUUGAAUAUAUUCCUUUGCUGGUUACCUCGUACCUGGAUAUCGUAAAUAUGCCUUUACCUAAUCCCAGAACUUGUAAUGUUACCUGAUCAAGAAAUGGUUCCAAUGCAUGACUCUGUUCAAGAGAUCAUAUUGUGCACAUAUCUAAAAUUAAAAAUUUUGUUGAACUCUUA